ACCAAGAAAUGGACUAGGAUUCAACCGGCGGGGGAGGCGCCGUCGCAUAGGGCUGCUCAUGCUGCUGCGGUGGUUGGCACCAUGGUAGUGUUUCAGGGUGGAAUAGGACCUGCUGGGCAUUCUACUGAUGACCUCUAUGUUCUAGAUAUCACCAAUGAUAAGUAUAAGUGGCACAGAGUUGUUGUUCAGGGAGCUGGUCCGGGGCCUCGGUAUGGCCAUGCUAUGGACUUGGUUGCGCAGCGUUAUCUUGUGACUGUGAGCGGGAAUGAUGGGAAGAGGGUCCUAUCUGAUGCUUGGGCUUUGGAUACUGCACAGAAACCAUAUAGAUGGCAAAAGCUCAAUCCUGAAGGAGAUAGACCAUCUGCUAGAAUGUAUGCAACUGCCACUGCUCGUUCAGAUGGCAUGCUCUUGCUUUGUGGUGGAAGAGACUCAUCUGGAGCCCCACAAUCUGAUGCUUAUGGAUUACUGAUGCAUACAAAUGGCCGGUGGGAGUGGACUUUAGCCCCAGGGAUUUCACCCUCUUCACGGUAUCAACACUCAGCGGUAUUUGUGGGUGCACGCUUGCAUGUCACUGGAGGUGUUCUUAGGGGUGGAAAAACUGUUGAAGGUGAAAGUGUUAUUGCAGUGCUUGACACUGCUGCUGGAGUGUGGCUCGAUAGGAAUGGCAUUGUUACUGCAUCUAGCUUACAGAAAUCUUCAAAUGAUUAUGAUCCUUCUUUAGAGCUCAUGCGCCGUUGCCGCCAUGCAUCUGCUGCUACUGCAUCUCAGAUUUAUGUCUAUGGUGGCCUUAAAGGAGAUGUGCCCCUUGGUGAUUUUCUUGUGGCGGACAACUCUCCUUAUCAAUUUGAAAUCACUUCCUCCAUGUAUGCCAUUGAUAGGACUCAGUCAAUGACAAGCCAAAGACCAAACAAAAUUGAUCAUCUUGACUCUCCUCAGCAGCCAUCAUUGGAUGAUCGCCUCUCGAGAUCCUCGUCUACGGGUUCGAGUUUGGAUCAGAAGUCCAUUGACAAGCUUGUUGAGGCUUCUACAGCUGAAGCAGAAGCUGUUAGUGCCGUCUGGCGCGCCGCACAGGAAGCAUUGGGUGCCUCAGCUGACAAAGGUCUUUCACAAGAAAAUGAAUCUACAAAUUCAGUUAAUGACCAAGCCGAUACCUUUGGUUCUAAUAAUACCCCACAACCAGAUGUUAAGUUGCAUUCUCGAGCGGUUGUAGUUGCUAAAGAAGCUAUUGGUAACUUAGGCGGAUUGAUACGGCAACUUUCCUUGGAUCACUUUGAAAAUGAGAGUAGAAGAAUGUAUCCAGUAAAUGGUGAUCAGACCUAUCCACCUAAGAAAUUCUUAAACAGGCAGAAGUCUCCACAGGGCUUGCAUAAGAAGAUUAUAUCUUUGCUUCUUAGGCCAAGAAACUGGAGAGCUCCUUCUGACCGAAGCUUUUUACUUGAUUCUUAUGAAGUUGGUGAGCUUUGCUAUGCUGCUGAGCAGAUAUUCAUGCAAGAGCCUACUGUUCUUCAGCUAAGAGCGCCAGUCAAAGUAUUUGGUGAUCUUCAUGGACAGUUUGGAGAUCUAAUGCGUUUAUUUGAUGAAUAUGGUUUCCCAUCAACUGCUGGAGAUAUCACGUACAUUGACUAUUUGUUUCUGGGAGAUUAUGUUGAUCGAGGACAACAUAGUUUGGAAACCAUCUGCUUGCUUCUUGCUCUUAAGAUAGAAUAUCCAGAGAAUGUCCAUUUAAUUCGAGGAAAUCACGAGGCUGCUGAUAUUAAUGCUCUCUUUGGUUUUCGGCUCGAAUGCAUCGAAAGAAUGGGAGAAAGUGAUGGAAUAUGGGCAUGGACUCGUUUUAAUCAGCUCUUCAACUGUCUCCCUCUUGCGGCGCUCAUUGAGAAGAAAAUUAUUUGCAUGCAUGGUGGAAUAGGGAGGUCCAUAAACACAGUAGAUCAAAUUGAGAAAAUUGAAAGGCCCAUAACAAUGGAUGUUGGAUCCAUUAUUCUAAUGGACCUUCUUUGGUCUGAUCCUACAGAGAAUGAUAGCGUAGAGGGCUUGAGACCGAAUGCGCGAGGGCCCGGCCUAGUCUCUUUCGGGCCUGAUAGAGUGUUGGAUUUCUGUAAGAGGAACAAGCUACAACUUAUUAUAAGAGCUCAUGAAUGUGUGAUGGAUGGCUUUGAAAGAUUUGCUCAGGGACAACUUAUUACUUUGUUUUCAGCUACUAAUUAUUGUGGAACUGCAAAUAAUGCUGGAGCAAUCCUAGUGAUUGGUAGGGGAUUAGUUGUCGUUCCGAAGUUGAUUCAUCCACUUCCGCCGCCGCUUCACUCACCCGAGUCAUCUCCAGAGCGCAUUGUUGAACAUACAUGGAUGCAGGAACUCAACACGCAAAGACCACCCACUCCUACUCGUGGCCGGCCACAAUCUGCGAGCGAUCGAAGUUCGCUUGCAUAUAUAUGAGGUUUCAAUGGUGCUCCACUCUUACCUAUAAUAAAUUAACAUUCACCAUAAUUGGAUGUGUUGAGCGUCCGGCUUCAGCUCGAAUCUUCGUCAUCUCAAGCAAUCCCGAGUGCACCUUAUUCUGCUGUUGUGCUAUGAAAUCAGGGUCUUUGACAAAAAUGCAUUAUUAUAUAUCCACAAUGAUGUAUUUAUUAUUUGCAUGAAUGUGUCAAAGGGUAAUUUUGUAAAAGUAUGUGCGUGUAUAUGCAUUUUCAAACUAGAGGUGUUGGGGGUGAUUAAGUUGUAAAUUAAGAUAUUGUUGGGCAGUUUAUUUUGAAUUGUUUCCUUUGAGAGGUUUUUCUGCAUUGAGUUGGAGCUUGUAGGAAUGAAUAACAUUUCCAAAUUAUAAUAACAAUGAAAGUGUGCGUCAUUUUAUAAAUUAUCACUA